AUGGAGGCACAGAAUCAAAAGUUAAAGAGACCAAAACUGAAUGCUGUAUUUAAGCUGAGGACUUCUCAUCAAUUUAUAUAAUGGCAUAAUAUUUUCCGUAUUAUUCUCUAUCCCCUUCUUAAUACAGCCUAACAUCAGCAGUGGCCUGAGUAUGUUCAGCAGAAGAGGCUCUCCCCCAGUUUUCAGAAGAUGAGAUCAGAUAUGAUAGACAGCAACAACACCAAAUCUAGUGCCCCCCUCCUGGAUCAAAGGCACUUGAGGAUGGUGACUAAAGAUGGACACAGCACACUACAGAUUGAUGGCACCCAAAGACAAGGUCUGGCAUACCUACGAGAUGCUUGGGGAAUACUAAUGGACAUGCGCUGGCGAUGGAUGAUGCUAGUCUUUGCUGCUUCUUUUGUCAUCCACUGGCUAGUCUUUGCAGUGCUCUGGUACCUCCUGGCUGAGAUGAAUGGGGACCUGGAGUUGGAUCAUGAUGCGCCACCUGACAACCACACCAUUUGUGUUAAGUACGUCACCAGCUUUACAGCUGCUUUCUCCUUCUCCCUGGAGACACAGCUCACUAUUGGUUAUGGCACCAUGUUCCCAAGUGGGGACUGUCCUAGUGCUAUCGCCCUGCUUGCCAUACAGAUGGUCCUGGGGCUCAUGUUGGAGGCCUUCAUCACAGGUGCUUUUGUGGCAAAGAUUGCCCGUCCAAAGAAUCGAGCAUUCUCCAUCCGCUUUACUCAUUCUGCAGUAGUGGCACACACAGAGGGCAAGCCAUACCUUAUGUUCCAGGUGGCCAACACUCGUCCCAGCCCACUCACCAGCGUUCGGGUUUCAGCUAUUCUUUACCAAGAACAAGAGAAUGGUCAGCUGCAUCAAACUAGUGUGGAUUUCCACCUGGACAGUAUCACGUUUGAGGAGUGUCCAUUCUUUAUCUUUCCACUGACCUACUACCACUCCAUUACCCCAUCUAGUCCUCUAGGUGUUCUCCUCCAAGGGGAUACCCCUCGCCAUUUUGAGCUAGUAGUCUUCCUCUCAGCAAUGCAGGAAGGCACAGGGGAAACAUGUCAGAGGAGGACAUCCUACCUCCCAUCUGAGAUCAUUCUACACCAUCGCUUUGCUUCUAUGCUGGCCCGAGGUGCCAAAGGGGAAUAUCAGAUCAAGAUGGAGAAUUUUGACAAGACUAUUCCAGAGCUCCCAGCUGCAGCAGACUCUAAGAGUCCAAAGAGGACUGACAUGAAGAUCCGCAUCAAUGGACAGCACACUGACAGCUUCCAGAUUUCUGAGACUGGUCUGAUAGAAUAG